AUGCCGACCUCUACUCUCAUUCUCACUCUCGCCGCCCUCUCCCUCACCACCAAUGCAUUCCCCCUCUUCUCGCGAGACCUCCAAUGGUCUUUCAACUUCUUUCCCACCGACGCCUGCAACGGCACCAGUGAACUCCACAUCGGCAGCGGCAGUACGGGAUGUCGCGCCGACCUGGGCAGCGUCGCAUCCGCGUAUACGCUGAACAUGGUCCCGGAUGGCUGUCGCAUCGAGUUUUACGAUAAUACCAUGUGCGACCGCGCCGAGUUGUCGGAUCUGGCGGGGCCAAUGACUCGUCUGCAGGUCUGCCGGGUGCCGAAUUUGCAUCGUCGGUAUGCCUCGUAUCAGGUCACUUGUGGGCAUGUGGAUGUUUGA